AUGACUAUACUCCAAAUCUCACUCGUAUUUUCUUUACUAAAAUUUCUCUUCUCCUAUAUUCUCUAUGUCAGAUUCGAUCGUAUCUUCAAACUUCACACUUUAAAUCAUGAAUAUUUUGUUUCCAAAAUCAUAUUCUCCGAAUCACGCAGCAUUAAUAUUGAGGAAUUGAUUCACGCUUUUCGAUUUUUGCCGAUCUCAUCAGCUUAUCGCGUUUUUCAUCUUUUCCAAGCUAUUUUGUUGUUGUUGUUGUUGUCUUUGUUCAAUAAUGGCAGAGUCCCUCUUGGUCUGUUCUUGGAUUUUCUCUUUGCUGGCUCCAUAGUUGUGAAAGGAAAAAUGCCUAUUUUUCCAUCAAAAAUGACUUCUCCAUUUUCUGCAAAAUGUGGUCUACACACAACACACAUAAACAUCACCUUUGUGAUGAACCGCUUUGACUUACCUGAUCUGUAUGGCUCAGCCUCAUCUGACAGCAGGUACUCCACUCUGAAUUUGGAGUUUUGCUUCUGCCCAUAUUCUCUGGGUUGUCUUCCUGCUAACUCCAAACUCUGUUGCUGCCUUUUGAAUAGCUCCAUAUGGUACUUCUUCUGCCUGGCUCCAUUGCAGCAGUCUUUGAGCUAGCAGAUUUUUUUUGAUGCUUGGUAUUAUGUGUGAGUCUCUUCCAGCAAGCUCCUCCUCCAUAGCUCAGUGAUGAAAUUUUUCUGAGGGCACUAGUUCUAAAAAUCUCAAGGUGUAGUUAGAUCUAGUCCUUUUAUAGCUAUGUUUAGCUUGAACUUCCCUCCAUCAUUGUGUGUAUGCAAUGGUGUUCCCUCCAUUAGUUUGAAUUGCUUUCCCUCCUCUUAGGAGUAGGUAGUUGGAGAAUUCCCUCUCAAAAUGUAUGGAAUAGGGGGAUAGCACUUAAAUUUGGAAAUGCAGAGACAUUUUUUUAUGUA